UAAGCAAUAAAGUUGCUUUGGCGAGAAACCAAUAUAUUCACAACGCAGAUGCGCAAAAUAAAUUUCAUGCGAUUCUUGAGCAGUCAAUGGAGAAACCUGUUCAACCUGUUGUUUUGGAUUCAACUCCAGAAAUUAUGGAGUUUGAUAUAGCCUUUGAAGGUGCUUGUAGUCUUCGUGAUAUUAAGUUGGCGAAAUCGGAGAUAUUCCUUACCGGAAAAGAAAUUAAGAAUAAUAUAAAAGACUUAAAAGUGAAACUUGAAAGAAGUUCAUCGCAACUCGCUGGAGAUCUACGCCUCGAAUUAGAAGAAAUAUCCAUUCCUGACUUAACAUGGAAGGACCCAAUUGCCAGUAAAGUAAUAAGCGACGAUUCUGAACUAAUAUUAAAUUUGGCAGGACAAGCGCAUCAGAAUUUUAUGAGACCUAUUCAACGCAUGGAAUUGUCGUCACCAGGGGAAGUUCGAGAAAUGUGUAAAGAUUUUAUAGAAAAAUUUAAUAGCGAGGGUGCAAAUGUUUUACCGCAAAAACUUUCACAUGAUGGUAAUUGGAAAGAGUCAGUAGAGGAUCUCAGUGAAGGGACAUAUGUAACUGACAUAAUAGUUCCACUUAUCCGAGCUACAUUUAAAAUGCUUCCUAUUGGAGGAAUAGCUUUUCUUAGCACUGCAGAGAAACAAAGUUUGGCUAGUGCGGAUAGAAUGGGUGAUGGAAAACAGGGAAAACGUCCCGAUGUAAUGUUUAUGGAGAUUCACGAUGAAAAAUUGUAUGAAAUUAUGUAUGUAGAAUGUUCGCGCUUGGUCUGCACCGAGAAAAAAAAAGAGGAUGAUAAAGUAAAGCUAUGGAGGGAGAUGAACGAUGGAAUGUAUUUUUUGCACGGGAAUUGUAGGCCUGAUAAAAAUAAAUUUGGAAUCCUUGGAAUUCAGGUUGCCGGAGAUAUGUUGCACCUUAAUAUACUCAUUAAAGAUGGUGAUGACAUCCACCGUCUCUAUCAUUUACGCUCUGUCAAAAUUCCGGUGCAGUUAUCUAAUAGUGAAGAUGUAUUUCAAUUAGUGGAGACAUUAUUGAUAUUAAGGAACAUCAUGAUCGUUAACAUUUCGUUGCUAUUACAUGCACCAAUAGCUAGAUCAGAGCGCCAAAAAAAACGAAGUUCUACGGUGUCCACAGAUCAAGAAGAUAAUUAA